AUGCCUCGACUCUCACUAACCACUCUCUUCGGAGUCGAUCCGACUACCGAUGACAAGCACCACUUCGAGACGUCUUGGAUCUUAUCCCCCGCCAUUCUCGCCGGGCUUCGCGGUCUGUUCUCACUGUACAUUUUCACCUCCAUCUUCGUCUUCUGGGGCUGGUAUGGCACCCACAAUGACCACGCUUCGAUCGGUCACUCUUUCAGCUACUUCACCUGGCUGACUUACUGGGGUAUCGGCUUCUACAUGCUAUUCGCUGCGAUCCAUACGGCCUUUUAUGCACGAACAGGUCACUCAGUUCUCCUCGACCGCUGGCCACGGGCCUUCCGCAUACUACACAGCUUGUUGUAUGUGACAAUCACGACAUACCCGUUUCUCGUUACAGUUGUCUUCUGGGCUAUACUGUUCACUCCGCCGUGGUACAAAAAGACAUUCACCGGUUGGCAAAAUAUCUCCCAACACUGCCUAAACUCUGUCUACGCCCUACUGGAAAUUAUCCUCCCAGCCACAGCACCGCACCCGUUCAUUGCAAUCCCAUUCCUAAUCCUCGUGCUCUUACUCUACCUCUGCAUCGCAUACAUCACCCAUGAAACAGAAGGCUGGUACCCGUACACCUUCCUCGACGUCGGCGACCACGGACAGAAGAGCAAACGUGUAAUGGGAUACUGUUUCGGUAUCUUGGGUGCGAUUCUGGUUGUCUUCCUCCUUUCCUGGGCGCUGAUUCAUUUGCGCCGCCGUCUGACGGACGGUAAGAUUAAGCGGGCGAGACGGGAUCCGCUGUGCGCGGACGAUGCUUUUGUUCGGGCGUGUGGUGGUGAUGAAUCGAAUGAGAUGAAGGGUGUACCGGUUUGGGGGAAGGUGAUAGGUCGAUUUUCUUCUUCUGGGGGGAAUUGUCUAGGUGCGUAG